CAACUGAACAUGCAUCGCGGCGUUGGUCUCGCUGCUUUUGACAAAGAACAACUAUCACAGCGCUUUGCAGAACUAUCUUCAGAGCUCUCGAAGACCCAGGUCGAUAAUCUACAGUCGCAACUAACGCAAUUCCGAACUGCCCUUUCACACUUCGCAACGACACACAGAGAUUCGAUUCGUAGGGAUCCAGCGUUUCGCCAUGCAUUCCAGCAAAUGUGCUCGUCAAUCGGCGUAGACCCGCUCGCUGGACCAAGGAAGGGCGGCUGGUGGGCAGAAAUGCUUGGGAUGGGUGAUUGGCAGUAUGAACUAGGAGUUCAGAUAGUAGACGUGUGCGUGAGCACGAGGGAGAGGAACGGAGGAGUGAUAGAAAUGGGGGAGCUUGUACGUAUGGUCAGCAAGUUGCGUGGCGUUGAGAGUGGUGUCGUUACAGAGGAAGAUGUCACAAGAAGCAUCAAGACACUCCAACCACUCGGGGCUGGAUACGAGGUGCUUGACGUUGGUGGCGGAAAGAAGAUGGUAAGAAGCGUGGUCAAGGAACUAGAUGCGGAUCAGGCUGUAAUUCUUGCGGAAGCACAAGUAGAAGGUGGGCGGAUUGUUGAAGCAACCCUGGAGAACCGUCGAGGAUGGACAAGAGAACGCGCUCGAGCUGCUUUGGAGAAUAUGCUUCUUCGAGACGGCCUUUGCUGGCUUGAUUCUCAAGAUGAGCACUACGGGCGAGCCUAUUGGGUUCCGUCCGCCAUGCGUUGGGACGAGUAAUUAUGUCACUCAUCAAGGUGUGUGCUAUGAUUAUCUAGUUAACAUUGACACUUAGAUCGACCUGAGGGGACAGGAAGUCCAAUUGCAAUUGAGUCGGGUAAACUCCCAGGCUUAACUGCCAACAUCCGUACUACCGCCUCCUACAUUUCCAUCCGUGGGAUGCGGAGUAUCUACGACGGUGUAGAAACACCCACUCAUGACUUUGAAGUGUUU